AUGUGUCAAGCUGAAGAUACAGAUCAAACCCAAACCCAAACCCAGAGCGCAGAGAAUGUCUCUGGACACUCCCCCGGACAACCCUUGUCUCUUUACGAACCACUCAGCGAAGAUCGAGACUGUACACGACUUUUGCGAAUCAAUACCGGAAACGAUAGCGACCCUAUCACUUGCAGCUUGUUCGAGGUUGGUUUUUGUGACAAACCAAAGUUUGAUGCGCUUUCAUACGUAUGGGGAAGUGGGAAAGCUGAGCAAAAGAUCACUCUCAACGGCCAUGAAUUCAGUGUCCGGCAAAAUCUCUGGGACGCUUUGUAUUACCUGAGAAAGCAUUGCCCUAACACAAAUUAUUGGAUUCAUGCAAUAUGCAUCAAUCAAAACGAUAUUGACGAGCGGAAUAGACAGGUUCGCAUAAUGCACCACAUCUAUUUCAGGGCUCAAACAGUGGUUGUAUGGCUGGGGAAAGUGUAUUCAAAGUAUGAAAAAGCUUUGUCUUCCUUGAAUCGUCUCGGUCAUAAAAGCACUUCCAAUGAAGAAACAACCCCAGAGUCGGUACAAGAACCAAAUGAGACCAACAAUUCUGUUCGCGAAUUGGCGGUAGAGUUGUGCAACGAUGCAUAUUGGAAGCGCCUUUGGAUAAUCCAGGAGAUUGGGUUAGCCAGGGAAAUCAAAGUAUGCUUUGGGAACAGUGCGGUAGAGUGGAAUCUGUUUACACAGUUGCUCGUUACGAAUGGCGUCGGAUCAGAAGGACCCAUGAAGUUGGAAAAACAAAGGCAGGACAAAUAUACGGGGUCAAACACUUUGCUUCGUCUCCUGUUUUCUCAUCAAGAAGCCGAGUGUCAAGACAGAAAGGACAAAGUAUAUGGUCUUCUCGGAUUGGCCUCAGAUGCUCGUGGCUUUGUUAUAGAUUAUAACAAGUCUCUCUUCGAAAUCUGGACAGACGUGAUGGAGUUCAUGAACGACGACAAUUUGUUUUCCGAUGAGGACAUCGUACGUGUCGGGUACCUCGUUAAAUUCUUGUUGAUGGGACCGGAAUGCGACCCUUUGCAACACAUAUUACGAUCAUACGAACCCAGAAACAAAGAUGACACAAUUAUUACUGACAAGAACCAUUACAAAUCGUUCGAAUUACCUAGUGCCAUAGUGGGCUGUGUCAUACAUGUUGGUCCACAGCCUCACGAAAUCAUUGGAAAACUGAAAGUGGUCGACAACUGGAUACAGCAUGUCCAGGUGAACUACAGUGACAACGUCGGCAAUGCCCACAGAGAGAGCGAUGAGCUUAUUUCUGCGAUUCUAGACUUGGACAACAGCAGCUUCUCAAGAAAAUGUUUCGACUGCAGGAGCACCAUACAAUGGGAUGGAAAUGAGGAAAACAACAUAGUAGAAGCCGUUAAAGGGUGGCAUGGGAAGACUCGGUGCAUUACUCAAUGUACAGUGCAGGUUUCUGCCGACAGCCCUCGUCUCUUCCAGAUGUCCGUUAAAAGCGAGAAAUCGACGCCGUGGAGACUGGGUAUGUCAUCUAGCGAUAUACGCGUGGGCGAUAUCGUCUGUUGGCUGGAAUUACCACGGAGGGCCGUCGUCGUCCGACGUUAUGGCGAUUUGCAUCGCAGAAAAUUGCAGGUAGUAGGUACAGCAGUCAUCACGGCAGAUUUGAAAGAAGCAUCAUUGGGUCAUUCACAACGCCAGGACUGGCAGAAAAACAGAUUGACAUUAAAGGUUUAUCUUGAUACAAGGACUAUUUUUACUCUCCUCUCUGAUUAA